AACACAGAGCCAACACGUCACGUCUCCUCUGCUUCGGCGCUGGCAAAGAUGGUUGCCGCAGUAAUGAGUCGCCGACACAAGUAACCAAGGAGCGGAUUACGCUUCUUUUUUUUAACUCUCCAACAGACUUGAGUGUGUCUGUUAGAAAAUGGACGGAGUGACGAUCGCAGACGAGGGGAGCAACGUGGUGGAGACGACGUCGCCCAAGAACCAGGAUCUGAGCUCCCUGAGCCUGACGGCCGGAGAGCUGCUGUCCCAGUAUGGCUGGCCCCUGCUGCUCGUGUCUGUGCUGGGCUACCUCCUCAUCCAGUACCUGAGCAAGUGGAGAUCCAGGCAGAGCUCCAGCAGCUCAGCCCCACAAACUCCACAAGAUGCUGCUCUAGUGGCAAGAAGACAAGAAGCCUUGGAAGCAGCUCGGAGAAAGAUGCAAGAAGAGCUUGAUGCCAAGGCAGUCAUCUUCAAAGAGAAACAGAAACAGCAAGAAGAAGAAAAGAGGAGGCAGAAGGUCGAGCUAUGGGAGAGUAUGAAAGAGGGAAAGAGUUACAAAAGAACUGCAAAAAGUCCACAGACCACCGAAGAGGCCAGCUCAUCAUCAACAACAGUGCUGAAACCAAAGACGGAUAAGAAGCCACUUCGCAGUGCUGACUACAACCCGUUGUCUGGACCAGGAGGAAGCUCCUGUGCCUGGAGACCUGGCAGGAGAGGGCCGUCAUCUGGUGGAUGAGGUUAAAGAGGGUCAGAGAUUAUGGUCUGUCUGACCUCUGACCUCUGACAUUCUUGACGUGCACACCGACUGACUGAACCAAGCUGACAACGUCACCACACCCACACUCGUGUUAAGAUUUUUUAGAAACUCUGUUUUUCCUCUUUCUUCCUUUAGCCUUACUACGCCUGCUAUCCUGUCUGAUAUCCUUCUUUUUGAUUCUGAUAUCUGUGCUGCUGCAUUGUUUAAAGGUAACUCGAUCGACUUGAGACAUGCCUUUAAGGUUCAAAUGACGUGUGGAGUUGAAAUCUUGUAAUGAAGCCAUUCCUGUAAAUGGUUUGUAACCACCAGGUUUGGCUGAUGAAUUUCAGUCGGUGUGCUUCCCGAUAUAUUUUAAUAAGUGUACCAACUUAACUUUUGUUUUUCUAUUACUACAGCAGCUUUCAGCUAGUGGGUUAAUUAUCAGAAACACUCUAUUCUGAUUAUGUAGUUUCCAACAUCUUGAUCUAUGUAGAUGUAAGGAGGGUGUCUCUGUCAUGUAACACAUCUUUAUGCAAUAAAAAUAUGAAAAAGUUUGAA